GAACGCGAGGCGAAAAACGCGAAGCGUGUGUUUCGGGCCGACAGCAGAUGCGAUAUCAGCGGCGGUGAUCAGUGCCGUUCUCGAGGUUCGCGCGCGGCGAUAGGGCGAUCUCGCUGGACAAUGCUGUCGCGACAGUGACAACAUCACGGUGUAUAUCGUGGCGGCGGCAGCGGCGACGACGGCCGACGGCGACGAAGGCGGCGGCGGCGGUGGUUUUGCGCGUGUAUUUACCACUCCUGCGGUGCGUCGCGCGACGACGACGUGCCCCCUCGGUCUUGCCCCUUCGCUAUCGUCCUCCGGCGGCCCCCGCGGAGAGGACAGCCCGGCCGUAUUCACCGCGGUGAAAACGAUGUCAGGAUACCGCAAGGUAAACUAUUACGAGCUGUGCAGACUGUGUACCAGCAGCGAGGGCAACAAGAUGAACAUAUUCCGCGACGAGGGCCGCAGGCGACAGUUGCAGACGAAGAUACAGACGUAUCUACCGAUACAGGUUAUGGAAGACGACUCGUUACCAAAAAUUGUAUGCCACGAGUGUGUCAAAAAAUUGGAGAGCUACAUCGAAUUCCGGGAAACUGUGGUUAAUGCGGAGGGCAUGUUGGAAUCCUAUUUCACAUCGCUUCGCUUCUCCGAGGACUUUCUGAAGGAAGGGAAAGUAUAUGUGAAGAAUACCGAGAAGGAAAGGCCAUCCACACCUGAGGAUGAGGUCUUAAAGUCAAUGGAAAAAGUGCCAACACCAACAGGAGGUCAAAUAAUAAGUAACGAACAACAGAUACAGCAUCAACAAUCUGUCGUGGUCGGCAGUGUAAAUGCUUCUAAUAUACAAAUCGUCGGUGGAGUUCAAGCCAGAGUCCAGCAGUACAAAUGUGCAAGUUUGCAGAUGCAAUCAGGCGGUAUAACAGCAUCUGUCGUUGAAUCUACGGCAGAGACCCAUUACAGUUACCAACAGCAGACGUCUCAAGUGUCACCGCAACAAUCAAACGAAACGCAAAAUCAAAUUGGCGAACAGCAAAGCCAGCCUCCUGCGAUUCAGCAGCAGCAGCAGCAAGCGCAGAACCAAAUACAAAAUCAUAGUCAGAUAAGUCAGCAAGUGCAAUCUCAGAGGCCGAUUUCCCAACAGUUGAGCCAGCCGGCUCAACUGCCUCAGCAGCAGAAUCAAAAUCAAAUCGGUCAACAGCAGGGCCAGAUCUCGCAGCAGCUCCAACAGCUGCAGAGGCAACAACACGAAUUUGAGAAGCAGCACAGACAACUUCAGCAACUCGAGAAGCAGCAAGUGCAGAUCGGAACGCAACAGGAAUUGAAGCAAGAGUCGUCUGUUGUGCAUCAAAACAAUAAUGUCGUCCUCAAGACCGAGGCAGACAUAGAACCGGCUCAGCAAAUCAUACAAAAGAUACAAUCCGAAGCGCAGAAGGACGAAUCUCCUAAUCCAAAUGUACAAACUUAUACGGCGGUGCAAGCAGCGCCGGAGGUAUAUUUAAAUUUGGGCUUCAAGGAGAGUCCGAUGACCCCGACGGUUCGAGACGACGAGAAAGAUUAUAAAGAAUUUUCAGCAAAGGCGUCGCCGGAGGAUGGGAUGUCCCGCAACUCGAUCGAGCAGAUCAGAGAAUUCCUGCGGCUCAGAUCAGGACCGGACUCAGCGCCCAUAAUCUCCGUAAGUAAUCAAGCAAUCUCGCAGACCGGGAGAAACGUCUGUCGCGAUUGUGGUAAAAGCUUCCCUUCGUUAAAUCAAUUGAACAAUCAUAAUUGCAAUGUCGAGACGCUUAUAAACGAGCCAUCGGAUACCGGAAGUAAGGAGGAUCCCUUACAGCCCAAUCUAAACCCUUUUAAUUGUGACAUCUGUGGUAAACCGUUCAAACGGAAAGAACAUCUCUUUCAGCAUCGGAAAUUGCACACCGGUGAGCGGCCAUACGUGUGCACAACGUGUACAAAAGCGUUCAGCCGUAAGGAACACUUGGUCAGACACUCGGUGUCUCAUACCGGACAAAAAAUGCACGAAUGUGAAAUGUGUGGUAAAAGUUUCUCGCGCAAGGAUAAUCUGCAUAAACAUCGGAAAACGCACGGUGUGUCCGGUCCCUACGUUUGCGAGACCUGUGGAAAGUCGUUUGUGGUGAAACAUUAUUACGUGAUGCAUCUAACUACCCAUGCAGCGUCUGUCCCGGACGGUUUAAAUUGCCCAGACCCGUUGCCGUACAAAUGUGACAUAUGUCACAAAGCAUUUUCCGUGAAACAGUAUCUCACUACGCAUAAAAUCAGACACAGAUCGAAGAAUAAUAAUAACAGCUCCGCGCAGAACAGUUUAAACGGGCAUCAGCAACAGCAACAGCCGCAGCAAACGGACGCUGCGAGUAAUGUGAACGUAGUAACGAGUAAUGUCGCUAAUACUGGGAAUUUAAAUAACAAUAACGGACAAUCUAAUAACGAGACGACUGUCGAAAUGCAGAGCGUCAUAGAACGUAAUGAGCAGGCUAAUGGGUCAUUCGCUAACGGUCAGUAUCAUACUAAUAUACAAGAUUUUCAAUGAGAUAAGGGGAAGCGUGUCUAUUAUGUUCUCUUGCCGAACGGUAACAAUCAUAAGAUCGUGGUUGUAUAAGCAAGGGAAAUUAUGACGCGCCGAAGUAUUUUCUUAUAUGGUUUUCCUCCUUGUGAAUGGUUUUUUGUACUUUAAUAUUACAAGAAAGAUGAAUACGUGAUUUGGACAAAUUCGAUAUUUUGGUGUAUACACACACACAUACACACACACACACACACACACAUCAGGCAGAAGGUCUGUUGAAUGGCUUAGAAGCUCCCUGAACACGAUGUAAAUAUCAUAAGUGGAGUAUGUUAUAUAUAGGAUGAUUCUUAAUUGCACGGCAAUACUUUAACAGAUAGAAUUCUUGAGAUGUGGCUCUUGAAGGGAGGCUCGUGGUGACGUACAAUUAGCGGUCAUCCUGUAUUUUUCCAACAAAAUUACCUGUAUGGAAUGCAUGCCGUAGUUUUGGAAUGAAUGCUCACUUGUAUUCAACAUUUGAAAAAAAAAAAGUAUGUGUUGCUAACACAUGGUCUGUCAUAAAGGUAAUGGGAUCGAUCUUCGAAAUUCGAGGCAAUGUGCCAAUGCUGAGUAUCAAAAUUGCAAUGCAAUGAAAUUAAGUGAGUAAUUAGGAAUAAAGUUUAGUUUUAAGAUUAGAAAUUCGCGGAUAGACCAAUAUAUAAUUCUCUUAUUUCAGAGAAAUAUUUUGAUAUGUUGGUCUCAUCCUUAUAUAUAUAUAUAUAUAUUUAUCCAUUAUCUUCGUGACAGACCACACAUUUAUGGAAACAUAGUCAUAAGAUUGUUUCAAUUGUUGACCAAAGUGAUCUCAUCGAUAUCCUAUUAUCGAUAUAUUAGAAAGAUUAUAAUAUAUGAGAAACAUAAAUAAUUUCCGACAACACGGUAUUAAAUUUCCAACAUGCGGUGUGCAUUGAGUUCUCGGUCCUCAAUUGAAUAACAUAUUUGCCAUUGUAUGUGAACGUCGUCAGUUGUGACAGCUUUGUAUGAAGCCUAUUUUUUUUUUAAGUCGGUAAUUGCAACAAUCUGUGGCCACUUUGACAAGACAUUCUAGAAACAUAUGAUUUUUAUGUAUAUCUAGGAUACAAGACAAAAACUAAGACCAAAGAAAUCUAUAUAUUAUGUAUAAAAUGGAUAAAUAAUUAUUAAAUAGAGAUAUAUAGAUAAAAGAGGGACGGGACCGGAGGUUUGCUAACUUGGCUAACUGUGUUGUGAUUCGAGAAGUUAGAUAAAUAUACUGUGUAGUAUAUGUUAUUGAUCUACAAAAUGGCUUUUAAUUUUCAGUUGUCGAUUAAUAAAAAAGUGUGCCAUAGCAUGGUUUCUGGAAAUGAAAAAUAUAUAUGUAUAGAUAUAUAUAUAUAUAUAUAUAUAGUUACAUAAAUACAUAUGAUUCAUUAGAUUUUUAGUAUGCUACUGACCAAAAGCAAAGAGAAAUUGUGCUAAUCAUCGCAUUUCUCCAAUCGUAUUCGCUUACAUGUCAUAAAUUAUGAUUAAGUAGUACCUCUUAUCUUAAUUUAUAUCUUCGAAAAUAAACAUUUAUUUAGCGAAUAAGAUUAUACAUAGGGGGCAUGUCUUUAUGGUGUGGGGGUCAUAUAUAUAUAUAUAUACACACACAUAUAUAUAUAUAUAUAUAUAUUGUGUAAUUUUUAGAUUUGGAUACUUUCUCUAUACACAAGCAAAAAUUUAAAUAUUUGAUAUUUAAUAGUUAUUUUAGUAUUAUAUUUAUACAUAUGUAACGCGAAAUGUUCUUCGGGAGUCCAUAGGCCAUGUUCACAUAUCCACAUUUGGCAAUAUGUGUCUGACAGAAAGAUCACAUUAAAUGUUAUAAUAAUCUAAGAAUUGUACGGAAAUAUACUUAGUGUUGUACGGGAUGUGGAAUGUGAAUGUGUGCCCAUUUCCAAAUUAUUGUCAUUUGGCGAUAAUGUCUAGGUAUUAAACAUUAAUUACUUCUACAUUUAGCAUUAUGGUAUAACGAUGAAGAAUGUAUUUUAUAUAGGAUCUGGAAGGAUCUAUUUUAUUGCGAAUUUUGUUAAAAAAAUAAUUCUUCAAUGAGUCAUGUAGAAGAUUAGAUAGAUUUAAGUGUAAAACUGAGAUAGUAUCUAUAUAUGUAUUAACAUUUUUUUGAGUAUAUAUUAUUUGUUAAAAUACGUUUUCUUUUACUCAAAGGAUUUUUUUUAUAGCAACUGUACAUUUUAACAAAAGAGUAUCAGAUUUUAAAGAUCUUCAACAGUACAAAGAAUUUAAUUUUGUUUAGUGCUUAGAUAUUUUGUUAUAACGCAGUUCUUGUACAUAUUGAAGCAGAAGUGAUGAGUUUAAGACUGUAUCUCUAUAUCACCAGAUUUAGGUGUGUGUUGGAAGUAUAUAGAUCUAUAAUGAUGUAUAUAUAACGCGGUCCAGUAUAUAAGACAAAAACUGUUAAUAUACUGUUUCUAACAUGAUGAUAUUUUCAGCAGAGCAUAUGCAAAUUACCUGUAUUGAUUUUAAACUCGUGCAAACCAGAAAUGUUAUCCAAAGACGCAGCAACUCUUUUAAGUUUAAACAGAGGAAUUAUUUUAGAUGAGUUGUGCUUAUUACACCCGAGUACAUAGUCCAUUCAUUGACUAAAGACUCGAUUGUAAACUGAAAUAUAAAUUUUUAUCAACAGCCCCCUGCCUUGU